UCGGCUAAUUAGGUUCCAUUCCGGUAGCGACCAUCCGACGAGCAAGUUGAAGCAAGUUAAAGAUUCAGUGAUGAGCAGGAUGUGUUCGCGUACUGAAGAAUCGACACCGUUCAAGCUGUGGGGUGGCCGGUAUUCCAAAGCGACGGAUCAUGUUCUGUCGCGGGUGAAUAACUCACUGUCGGUUGAUAAGCGAUUGUUCUCGGAGGACCUGGACGGGAGCAUUGCCUAUGCGAAAAGUUUAACCGAUGCCAAUCUGCUGACACAAAGUGAGUUUAAGGUGAUCCGUUACGGGUUGGAAACCGUUCGCGACGAAUGGACAAAGGGGACAAUUAAGCUGAUGCCCAGAGACGAAGAUGUCCACACCGUAAACGAACGGCGGUUGAUCGAAAUCGUGGGACCUCAUAUCGGCGGGAAGUUGCAUACCGGACGCAGCCGCAACGAACAGGUAGUGGUCGAUAUGAAACUGUGGAUGAGAAACGCAGUUCAGGAUAUCCUGAAGCAGCUGCGUUGUCUGAUCGACGGAAUCAACGCGAUGGCGGAGCGGCACAUCAAUGUUCUGAUGCCGGGUUACACGCAUAUGCAAAAGGCUCAACCGGUUCGGUUCAGCCACUGGCUGUUAAGCUAUGCAUUCUACUUCAAAGAGGACUAUCAGAGAAUUUUUGAGUUUACGAAACGAAUGAAUGUACUUCCUUUGGGUACGGGCGCCCUGGCGGGAAACCCAUUCAACAUAAAUCGCCAUCAACUGGCCGAUGAUCUAGGAUUCAAAGGAGUUACCUCCAAUAGCAUGUACACGGUGAGUGAUCGUGACUUUGUCGUUGAGUUCAACUUCCUCUGCACCUUGAUAGGAGUGCAUAUGAGCCGAUUGGCGGAAGAUUUGAUCCUGUACUCUACGAAGGAGUACAAUUUUCUGGAGCUGUCCGAAGAAUAUACUACCGGUAGUAGCCUAAUGCCACAGAAACGUAACCCCGACAGUUUGGAGCUGAUUCGUGGUAUAUCGGGAUCGGUUUUCGGACAGCACUGCGGCCUGUUGAUGACAUUGAAAGGGCUCCCAUCGACGUACAACAAAGAUCUACAGUGCGAUAAGAGCGGUAUGUUUGCGGUGUACGACCAGAGUUUACUUUCGCUGACGCUGAUGACUGGGGUGAUAACGACGAUGCGAAUCGACGAAGAACGCUGUCUCAGUGCGCUCAGCUACGAUAUGCUGGCAACCGAUGUGGCCUACUACCUAGUGCGCAAAGGAAUUCCCUUCCGGGAAGCACAUCACAUUUCCGGCGAAGUAGUGGCAUAUUCCGAGGGGGUGAAGAUUCCGAUCAACAAACUGACGCUGGAAGAUCUUCGGGAGGUGAGUCCCAUUUUCGAUGAAACCGUCAGUGAACUGUGGAAUUACGAGAAUAGCGUUGAGCAGUACACGGUUGUCGGCGGUACAUCCAAGAUCUCUGUGCAAGAGCAAAUCAAACUGCUGAAGGAGUUUCUCUCGAGCUGCGAAUGAAUUGUGUUGCUUAGUUUUGUAAAUUAUGUUUUUUUAUUGUUUCUAAAUAUUGUAUAAAUAUCGUUCGCGGGCGCAUUGUAAAACAUUGUAAGUUGUGAAAUUGUUCAUGAAAAGAAAAAUAAACUCAAAUAUCUGUGCAAUAUUUCCCUGUUGUGACAAAUAAAGACACACGUUUACAAUCCUACAAUAAA